CGUUUGGGGUUUUCUUGAUAAAAGAUACUGUAUGGUUCCCAUUUUUUGUUCACUUAUUUUACAAAGAAGGAAACUGAAGUAAACAAGGUUAAAGGACGCCCGGGUAGUAGAUACCUGAGGUCUGAAUUUGAUCUCAGGUCCUCCCGACUCCGGCCGGUACUCUAUCCACGUGCCACCCAGCUGUCCCAUCAUCCUCCGCGCCCCAGAUGGACUUCUUCCUCUGGAAUCCCAGCUUAGGGGCCACCUCUUUUGUGAAGGCCGCCCUUAAGUCCCUAGCUGGUCACGGAGAUCCAAGCAGCCCUGACAGCUUGUCAGAAGAAGGAGAAAGAGCUGGAGCAGUCCCUUGCCCGUUGCCGAGUGUUGCUUCAGCCCUGAAUUUUGUCUCCUCCAGGGAAGUGCCCUCUCCCCCAAGCCCUGAGCCAGCCCGGAGCACAGAGACUAAAUCUGCUUUCUCAGAAUGUGAACCAACUCCCAAAGACCUCAAGGAAUUGGAGCUGCUGACCCAAGCCCUGGAGAAAGCCCUUCGGGUCCGGAAAGGCAUCUCCCAGGGACAGGCAAAGGAGAAAGCCUGCAGUGGCAAAGCUGCCACUCCUCUUGUCACUGCCCAGGCAGACCCUGGGGCCAGACCCAGAACUUCAAAUCCAAAAGCCUCUGUUCCAACCAAGCCCCCUGCUGCCUCUCAAAGGGCCAAGAGUAGGGUGAAAAAACCUGCCAGAACCUCCUCUAAUAGGGGCAGGGCCCUCACACUUGCCAGUCAGCCACAUCUCUCAGUGCCCAUAGAAGGGGGGCCAGCUCAGUCCUGCCCCCUGCCUCCCCAGGGCCAGGUCCCAGAGCUCCCAACUCCUACCCCAGUUUCAGUCUUAAAAGAAGCAAGUGCUACCAGGCCCAGUCCUGGACCAGAACAAGCAAAGACCCAACCAGGCCUGGCGUCUGAGGCCUUCCUACUCAAGGACAAAGGGACACAGCUGCAGCUGCCUCUGUCCUAUAAGAAAAUUGCUUCCAGGAAUUCCAGCCUGUGGGCCCAGGUCCAGCACUUGCAGUCCAAUCCUGAUCCUGAUGUAACUGCUGCCAAAGCCCGUUUCCUGGAGAGAAUGAAGGGGACGUUUGACUUGCCUAGCCCAUCACUGAGUCUUGCUGAGAUCCAGGAGGAGGUGAGUCGCCUGGACCAGGCCUGUCACAUACUGACCCAGCAUCUGGAAGAGACACUGGAUGGAGAUGGAGAGGUAUCUGCAGCCUCUCUGAGCUGGGAACAGGAAUAUCGCCGACUGGUCACCCUAGAAGGACUGCAAGCUGCUGUAAAACGGCAUUUGCUUAGGCUACAAGAGCUUCGGGAAGGAUACAGGCCCAGUAGAGACUCUGCUGCAUCAAAAGAUAUACCAGAGGAAUACUGCUUGGGAUCCAGGAUUGUAGAGAGCUUUACUUGGGACUCAAUUCCAUGUUUAGGAGGAAAGGGGUUGAGUGGGCCCACUAACCGUCUUGUCUACUCCAGUGUCCAAGAGCUACAGACCAUGACCGCUCUCAAGCUUCGUGUGGCGAUGUUGAAGCAGCAGAUCCACCUACAAAAGGUUAUGAUGGAAGAGUUUCUCCCCUUGGUGAGAUCUGAGACUCCUGCUGAUCCAGCUCAGUUGGCACUGUACCGUGCUAUCCAUAGCCAACUCUGUGAAGCUGGGGAGUGCUUCUCCGUACUGGUGAGAGAUGAGCCAUCUGUCUGAGUCUGGCAUGGUCCCUAACAUCCAUCCCACCAAGUUGGGCCCUCCCUCCACUGAACUUAUGUUUCUGUUGCCCUUUGUCAUUUAUUAGCCAGAAACCUUUGCUUUCCGUUGCCUGGGAAGCCUUGAAAGCCAUAUGGAAACAUUAAACAUCCUAGCUGAUCUCUGCCCUCCUCCACCAUCAAUCUCUUGUCCAUCUGUCUUUCUGCCUAGCUCAGGACUUUGGAACCCCGGAGCCUAGACUGAGGACAGGGAGGGGCUUAUUGUUUAUACAAGGAUAUGACUCCUUGGGGAGAGGAGAGGAUAUGGAGGAACUGAAGCUGUAAUGGUGAUAGUCCUAAUCUAAGCCAGAAGGGAGAGGAAAGGCAGUAAAACUGGGGGCCUUAGCAACAGAAAAAGACUUCAGUUGCCUUAAGACUAAAGUCCUUUCAGGAACUUUCCACUUCACAGAUGAUCAGCACAGCAUGAGACAUUUGUUCAAUGGAAGAGAGUGAUUGUUAAAUUUACUGAAAUGAUUUACAGUCAUCCUUCUUCAGGCUCAUAUAGUUGAGGGAGCUAUCAGGAGGUCAUAAGCUGGCUGCUAGUCCCAGCUCUGUGCCUUACUUUUUGGGUGACUGAUAGGGAGAAUAAUGUUUGUACAACUUACUACAUAGAGUACUUUAGAAAUGUUGAAUGUUGUCAACAUCUAAUAAAAGUGUAUGAGAUUCAAACUCAGGACUUGUAAUUCCCUGAAAGAUGCAGUGAUUUCAGUUGAAAUUGGCACAACUACAACUCACUUUUUCAAUAGAGACAGAGUUGUAUAGGAUUUACUUCUGUUUUAAAUACAUUUUUAUUCUAAAAUUAAACAUGAAAAAUUGAGCAUUUCUAAAUAUACAUAACCCAAAAAAAGGAUUGCAUACAAAACCCUUGUUUUUUUUUUUUUAAGUAUAUAAUAAAGCCAACUUAUCAAUUUUUGUCAGCCA